UGUUGACGUCCAUUGCCUCAUGAUUUCUGCGAUGAGUGAGCCAUUAAGUCCUACGAGCGCAACAAGUACCACCUUCAGCACAUCCCCCGAUCAACCAGCGAUUCCUCUGGAUGUAGGAGAUGUUGCUGGAGUACAUGGUCGAAUUCGAUUUAAGCACGAGACCGGUGGGCAGACGCGCGAUGCUGCUUGGUUGGAUAAGGAGAGGGCCCAGCUUCAAGCUUAUGAGUAUCUUUGUCAUAUUGGAGAAGCGAAAGAGUGGAUCGAGGCUUGCAUCAAAUUCCAAAUUGCAUCUAUAGGAGAAUUGGAAGAAGAGUUACGAAACGGCAUUGUGCUGGCACAUUUAGCCAAGUCUUUUCAGCCGGAAGCCGUCAAAAAAAUCUUUGAGGACCGCACGCGAUUGCAAUUCCGACACUCAGACAACAUCAACUAUCUCUUCGAAGCGAUGCGGAAAGUGGGCUUACCAGAUGUGUUCUUUUUUGAGCUUACUGACUUGUACGAUAAAAAGAACAUUCCGAAAGUCAUCUACUGCAUUCACGCACUAAGUCAUCUCCUGUCAAAGCGAGGGCUGGCACCCUCCAUGAAAAAUCUAGUCGGCCAGCUGACUUUCACUGACGAACAAUUGGAUGCUACGCAACAGUCUCUUGAGGAAGCCGGUGUAUCGAUGCCUGCAUUUAAAAGCGUUGGUGAUGCAUUGUCGAAGGAGCUCGCAGAGCCUAUACCAGAACCUGUCUUGACUGAGGAGCAGAAGCGGCAGAUAUACUUGGCCGAGCACGUCGAUAAAGUUGUGCGAUUGCAAGCAGAAUUCCGAGCUUACAUUGCGCGAAAGAACUAUCAACAGUUGCUUACCGAUUACCGUGCGCAUCAAGCUAAACAGGCGGAAAAAAAGGAGAAGGAAUAUUUGGCCAAUAUCAUUCGCGCUCAAGCACUCGUUCGAAUGCACCUGCAGCGAAAGAAAUAUCUUGAAAAGCGACGCACAUAUGCGGAGAAUGAAAAUUCCAUUGCAAGACUUCAAGCGGUAUGGAGAGGACGCAAGAUGCGAGAGGCAUAUAAGAACAAGCUUGCAGAAAUACACGGAAAAGAGCGCGUCUGGACAAAGAUUCAAGCAAAGUACAAAGGUCGAAAGCAACGGCGGCGCUAUUUGGAGCGUACAAACUAUUUGAAAGCUCAAGGGGAUUCGGUGGCCAAAAUUCAAUCAAUGUGGAGAGCAAAGAGAUUCGCAAAAGCUUACCAUGCCUUGGCGCGGUUGGACGACCCAAACGUCAAUGUUUUGCGAAACUUCCUGGAUCUGCUCGACGACACCGACAAUGACUUUGAAGAGGAUACUGAGGUUGAUCGACUACGCCAACUCGUCGUCAAGCGCAUCCGGGAGAACAUCACUUUGGAAGGAGAGGUUGCGGAUCUUGAUACGAAAAUCUCCCUCCUCGUACGAAAUCGCAUUUCUCUCGAGGAAGUUAUUCACUUCACCUCCAAGAAGAUGCGGCAAGCCCUUAAUGUUACCAAGUCUCAGGAGAAAGAUCUGCAAGGGGCCAUUAAUCUUCGAGGGAAGGAUAAAGAGAGCCGAUCCAAGCGCGAACACUAUGAAGAACUAUUCUAUUUACUGCAAACCCAGCCACAGUAUCUGGCUAGACUUGUUUUUACCAUGAACAAGAUGAGCGGUAACACUGCAACAAAGUUCUUGACGAAGGUGGUACUGUCGCUGUACGGUUAUGCUCAAGACAGACGGGUGGAAUCGCUUCUGUUGAGUUUGUUCCGGGAAGCAAUCAAACUUGAGGUGGAGGACAUCACCAGCUUGGAUGAAUUCUGGCGUGCAGAUCCCUUCUUUAUUAAGCUUGUUGUUGAUUACACACGGCGUGGAGGAAACGCAGAUUAUCUCCGAAAUUUGGCACAACCUUUUGUCAAAUCCAUCCUUAACAAUCAAGACCUUAACUUGGAGACAGAACCACUUGCGAUUUACAGAACCUUGAUUGCAGCGGAGGAGAUCCAAACAGGAAAGAAAAGCCAGCGCCCCUACGACGUGACAUCAAAGCAGGCUGCGGAGGAUCCCGAAGUGCAGAGAAUCCAAGUUCAACACAUUGCGAAACUAAAGCAGAUUACUGGGGAAUUCGUAUCGGCUCUAUCCCGGUCGACCAAGGACAUGCCUUUCGGUCUGCGAUAUAUUGCCAGGCAACUUAAGGAAGCAUUACAGAAAAGGUUCCCCGGAAACGAUGAUGAAAUCGUACGACUCGUUGGCGGCAAUUUCAUCUACUACCGUUACAUUAGUCCCGCUAUCAUUCAGCCCGAGCAGUUCGAAGUUAUUGACAUGUCGGUUGCAUCGGCCCUUUCACCUACGCAACGAAAGAAUCUGGCUGAGAUUGCAAAAACCCUCCAUCAGAUGUCGGUCGGAAAAGGUUUUCCCAAUGAUGAUCCCAACCUGGCGGAGCUGAAUCCCUACAUUUCUGAAAAGUUUAAGACCUUCAUGACCAUUUUUAAAGAAGCGACGACGGUCGAUGCUGAACUGGAGGAUGAAUACGCUGAAGCAAUGAGCGAGUACGCUAGUAUGGCACAGAAACAGCGACCGACAGUUAAACUAUCCUCUGGAGAAAUUUUCCAACUUCACAAAACAUUGGUUGAAAAUCUGGAUGAUGUGGCGGAUGAUGCAAAGGAUAAUCUACGUUUAGUGCUUGCAGAUUUGUCUCCAGUUCCAACGGUUGUUGAUGAUUCUGGUCCUGAGAUUGAACUCCGCCUUCGAAAUAGGUUCCCCACCCUUGAAGACGAACGCGAUGCCCGAGUGAGACUCUUAUGGAACGAAGCAAAACGCUACAUUAUGGCUGUCAUUCGAGUACAAACAGGGAAGAAUCUCCUUGACAUUCUCGAAGCUCCCGUAACCGAGAAGGAAGAGUCUAUAUUCCAAGAAUACUUGGCUUUAGAAGCACAGCAGCUGGACGCCAAAAAAGAAUUCCAGUCAAGACAAUUGAAUCAAAGCAGAGAUACUCUGAAUGCUUCCGGAAGCAUGACGGGGAGCAGUCAAGGUCUUGCGGGAAGUGUUAAUAAUUUGGCGGGCGCUCGAAACAGUGUCGGCAGCCGUGGUUUAUAUGCGAGUCAAUCGAGCUUACUGAAAGGUGAAGGGGGAAGCACGACCUUCUUCAGCCUCAAACGUCGAGCUUUGGAGAACAUGGCAAAACUUGAAGCAGAAGGCCAAGUCACAAAAUCCAAUCAAUAUCAAGACAUGCUCAACUCGAUCGCUAAAGACAUGCUUACAAAGUCUCGACGAAGAUCACGACGCCGGAAAGAAUUGCUGUCUUUGCGAAAUACACUCAAAAAUCUGGAAGAGAAGGCGGUUUACCUGGAAGAUCAAAAGAAAUCGUAUCACGACUACAUCAGUGCAUGCAUGUCACAACUUGGAAACAAGAAACACAAAGGCAAACGUCCUUUACCAUUCACCCGCCAAUAUGCACACCAGCGGGCUCUGGCAAAAUCAGGAAAAGUACCAAAGUUUGGCUCCUUCAAAUAUACUGCAGCGGAACUACACCGUAAAGGCGUGUUGAUAUCUCUCGACGACGUCUCUCCAAGCAAAUACGGACAAAUAACACUCACCAUCUCCUCUGACGAGGCCGGUAUUUUCAACAUUGAGGCCGCGUUUUUCGGUGUCAAAAUGCAAGAUAAGAUGGAGCUACGACUGGAGGAUUUGUUGGCCGCUCAAUACAAUAACGAAACGGUCAUAACGUUAAUGGAAGGGGCCAAGAUCAAUCUCAAUCUCCUGAUUUUCCUGUUGAACAAAAAGUUCUAUGUAUAAAAUAAUUCUAUAUGUCCAUUAUGAUUCCGCAUACCGACAUAGUCAUAGUACAUUCCCUAAAAUAAGAAGCGCAUCAUCGUACAGUGA